AUCAUGAUGAUACGAAAGCCACGAGCUACAGCGCUUUUGUACAAAACUGGGAAUAUGGUCUGUACAGGAACCCAAAGUGAGGAGUCGUCGUAUAUAGCAGCCAGGAGGGUCGCCCGCAUCGUGCAGAAGCUUGGCAACCCGGUCCGCUUCCUGAACUUCAAGAUCCAGACCAUGGUGGGCACUGCCAAAAUCUUUCCAGUCACUCUGGAGAAACUUGCGCUGGCCCACCGCAUGCACUGCAGUUAUGAACCCGAGCUGUUUCCCGCCCUCUUCUACAAAGUGAUGCCGGGCAUCAGUGUGACCGUCUUUUCAAGCGGGAGGACGUCUGUGAAUGGAGGUAAAACGCGAGCUGACAUCUGCAAAGCGUUUGAUAUCAUCUAUCCAAUUCUGUGCUGCUUUAGGAAACCCGAACACUGA